AUGGCUGAGUUAAAUAAUGGUAAAGACGCCAUGAAUGGCUUAAAUGAUGAGAGUGCAACGUCAUUGGUUGAUGCAGUUGCUUUGUAUUCGGAGCGAGCUAAUGGAUUAUUAGAAACAACCACAACAGCUAACCAAACUGGUAGCUACCAAGCACCAGCAUUCGAUAACAAUAAUAAUGAUAACGAUAACCAAAACCAGCUUAAACAAAAAAAUUUACUUUUGACUGAUCAAUAUAACAAUAAUAACGAUGUGCAUUCUUCGACAAUGCCAGGAACUGCUUCUACGCAAUCAACGGUGCUGAUCUCUACAGUUGGUGGUGUGGUAGUUCCCCAAGAAGAACCAUUUUAUGUCAAUGCUAAACAAUAUCACAGAAUUUUAAAAAGACGAAUAGCAAGAACAAAGCUCGAGGAAAACUUGAAGUUGUCAAGGGCGAGGAAGCCAUAUUUACAUGAAUCAAGACAUAAGCAUGCUAUGAGAAGGCCAAGGGGUCAAGGUGGGAGGUUCUUAACUGCCGCAGAAAUUGCUGAAAGGGAUAAAGAGGAAGAAGAAAAAAGAUUACAAGAGGAACAAGGGAAAAUAAUUCUGGAAGAAGAAAAAAGACCUCAAGAAGCCAUUCAGCAGCUGCAAAGCCUUAAUAACAGUUUGAGCAGUAUUCCUUCUAGGAAUAGUAUCUACAGCAACAUUCAAGAAAAUGGUAACAAUGAUAUCAACGGUAGCACCGCCUUGAAUAAUGAAAACAACAACAUUGCAAUCAAAAAUGAGGUGACUGAAGCCAUGUAG